UACACGAAAAGCCUAUUCGGCCUGAUGUAUUUUACAAACCUUGCUCAGCGACCCACCUGUCAAAAGUGUCAUUUUCACUCACUUGCCGGGUGCAAUUCUCUGCGUUUAUUUCAGCGAUGGCAUCGAAAGAGUGUGCAUCCGAUAUUAAGGUACCCAACACGCUGGGGCAACAGUUGGGACUGAACAUAGCUUGGAUUACGGAUCAGCAGUUUGGAUGCUAUGCAUACGGUGGUAAAGAAAAACGCGAAAGCGCUACGACUAAAACCCUUUCGUCUGUUGAUGUUAACAUGGUCGGUGCCGAUUUCAUCUUCGAAGAACCCACGAUACGAGCGAUGGUAACGGAAGGCAGUCGAGUGUUUUACCGGCUGCAGCGGUUGCGGUAUGACGUUACCGAAAAUCCCGCCAAACCAAUCGAUUACGUGAAAAUAUCGCAGAAAUAUCGUUCCAUCGUGAGAAGGGGUUUACAGGCGAUGAACCAGCAGGUCAGCGAGCUGUCGGAUGAUGAUGCUUCUCUGGAGGCGUACCGAAACCUUAUAAGCUUGUUCUAUUCGAUCGAAUGUACUUGGCAUUUGCUAGAGUUUCUGGUUAUCGAUAGCAACUCGUCGGGUGCGAUCGUUUCGUCGCUGCUAGAAUGGAUUCGGUUCCAUUUUCCCGAACCGGAGCGUGCUGCUACCGAGAUGCUGCAGAGUGGACGAGAGCUGGACAAGCAGGAAGAGUACUGGCCCGUCGUGAAAGGCCUGAUACUGCAGGGACAAACCACGAUUGCUCGGGCGUUGUUACGCGUGCACACAAGUUCCGAAACGCACUGCUUCCAGGUGGCGGAACAGUUGCUCCAAUCCAUACCGAUAUACAGCGUGUACAGUGGGCUGUCGGUUCACCGGUACAAAACGCAAUGGCAGUGCUGGUGUGACAAUGUGCGCACGCUGGUUGCGGCUGGUAAUUUUGCCGCCGAGCCGAAGCUGGAGGAACUAUUGCGGCUAGUGAGCGGUGAACGGAAAGCGUGGUCCGAACAGCUUCGAUCGUCCACGUGCUGGUAUGAAUAUUUUCCCGGCUACCUACUCUACACCGAUUCCAGCUGUAAGUACUAUCAACUGGGUCAGUACGCCAACGAUUGGAUCGCCCAGUUUCUGACGAACUGGAGGGCUGCACCGGCAAACGCGUCUAGCGAACGACAGUUUAAGUUCCUUGACAAGCUCGUCCUCUCGGUGAUGGAGAAUAAUCUUGUGAGCGUGCUGCAACAGGUGCAACUGUUCCCGGACAAUCGUUGGUUCGCGGUGCACAUUGUCGACCUGCUGUACCACGCGGGUCUGCUGGAGAUGAAUGCCGCCGACGAGGAUGAGAACACAUCACCCUCAAAGCAGCAAUCGCCUCGCGGAGUUGGCGAUGUUUCGGACGGAAAGAUGGUCCGGGAAUCGUUGCUGUUCGAUUACGGCAGCUUGCUGAUGUCGCACAGCACCUUUUGGCAAAUCGGCAUGGACUAUUUGGAAUUUUCCUCUACCGAGGGUUUGGGCGCCCGGGAGGCUCUGUUGGCACGUGUUCCGUUUCAAACCGAGCGUCAAGCUGAUCGAAUAAUUGCCGUUGCACGCCAGAACGGCUAUCCCGAGGUAGUGGCGGAGGUUUGUAAGGUCAUGACGAAGCGCAGCCUCGCACACAAGAACUACAGCAGUGCGCUCGACUGGGCGACUCGCUCCCGGGAUAGUUCGUACGUCCGCGAUGUGGCGAACAUAUUCCUCGAACACUACUGCAACCACGGCGAGCUGUUGUGCGAGCAGCAGGUCUCUCACCUUGGGUCAAAAGUUUUCAUCUCAUCCCGGCUGGUGUUCCUGGGGGCUUACUACGAUUUCCGUAGAUUCUACCGAGAGCGUUCAUACGACAAAGCGGCAGACCUGCUGGUGCGCCUGAUGGACUCAAAGAUCAUGCCAUCGUACUUUUGGCCGUGCCUAAUGGCAGACGCCGUACCACUGCUGGAGUUCAGCGAACCGAUCAUCCCGUCAAAGGAAACGUAUACUAUCCUAGAGCACCUGGAGAUGGACCUCGUGCCGAUGCUCGAACAGCGUCGAAAGAAGAAACGCAGCAGCAGCGAACAGGACAUCGAUAUGAACAUGGAGCAGGAUGUAACCGAUCGCGAAGCGGCCAAAGAUCACGAUCAAACAGCAUUACUGCCGAAGUUUUAUUCCAAUCUGUUGAACAAUUGCACGGAAGAUUUGGUUAAAAUAUUGCGCCUGGCGUGUGCUCGCAAUCUAUCCCGCGCACUUAUUAUCGAGAACACUGAUCCAGCAAAUAAUAAAUAGAUUAACGGUGUGUAACGCACAUCUCUUGUUUCUUUCCAUCUUUACUGUAACCGGGCAUGUUAGAGCAGCAACAUACACAUAAUCGGCGACUGUG